CGCGCAUCCCCCUCUUUAGAAUAAUAAUAACAUAUGAAGUGAAAGUUCUUUUUUUUUGGUCUGUGAUUUCUUUAGACCUACGUCUUUAGACUUCGUUUUUCUGUUCGAGUGUAGUAUCUGCUAUAAGAGGGAGCGCUCCUUUUUAUAAUAUACAAUCAGAAUUUGUACUCAGUGGGUCGUGACUAUAGAAGUAUGAAAACAAUGACUUAUGGAUAAAGUGAAAAACUACAUAGUAUAAUUUGCUUUGCGAAUUUAAGUUGAUUAUUUUAAACGAAAAUGAAUAGUUCAUUAUUUGGAACAAUGUCAAUUAAAUAAUUGGAGAAAUAACUGUAUUCUUAUUUUUAGCAUUAGAUAUUGUAUUACUCUUUGGCUUAGGGCCCGAAACUAGUUUGAUAAAAAGAAGUGUAUAGUCCUUAUCGACCGUUGUUAAUUAGGUCAUCAGCCUGACCACGCCUUUCGUUGACCCGGUUCAAGCUAAACAUUUCAUUAACCCAGUUGUAUGUUAAUUAGAACCUGGGAAUUACCCAAACUUUUGGCUAGCGGUCAGCACUAUCCAAAAUCAAGUAGACCUAUAAGUUGUGUAUUGCUAGUCAUUUACUGGAGUUUAAGUUCAAACAGAAUUUUGAAAUAACAAACAAAAGAACGAGAGUUGUGUGUUGCUAAAUUAGUUUUUAAACUUAGGAUUGUACAACUCUAGAUUCUUGUCGACAUCUAUUCAAAAAGUAACAAUCAAUGUUGUGAGUUUGGAUCUGUUACAACCAAAGUUGGAUGUUGUGCAAACAAAGACUAUACUUUCCAUUUGGUUAUACACUAAACAAGUUGCUCCUAUUGAAUGCUGGACAGAACUUACAGAUAAAACUAAUACAACCUUCUGGGGAGGAAAUUCUUCCCACGCCUGACGAGUGGACAACGUGGACUAACAUCACACUAUUGCCGUGAGGGCAACUCCUUCGCCGAACAGCCGCCCAGAGAGCAGUUUCUUCGCCACGUACUGGAAACAACUCUUUCGGCACACGCUAUUUCCCAUACAUGAACUUCUUCAACACAUUAUUGACCUGAAAGCAACUCCUUCAACACACUAUUGACCUGAAAGCAACUCCUUCAACACACUAUUGACCUGAAAGCAACUUCUUCAACACAUUAUUGACCUGAAAGCAACUCCUUCAACACACUAUUGACCUGAAAGCAACUCCUUCAACACACUAUUGACCUGAAAGCAAUUCCUUCAACACACUAUUGACCUGAAAGCAGCAACUCCUUCAACACACUAUUGACCUGAAAGCAACUCCUUCAACACACUAUUGACCUGAAAGCAACUCCUUCAACACACUCUUGACCUGAAAGCAACUCCUUCAACACACUCUUGACCUGAAAGCAACUCCUUCAACACACUCUUGACCUGAAAGCAGCAACUCCUUCAACACACUAUUGACCUGAAAGCAACUCCUUCAACACACUCUUGACCUGAAAGCAAUUCCUUCAACACACUAUUGACCUGAAAGCAACUCCUUCAACACACUCUUGACCUGAAAGCAACUCCUUCAACACACUCUUGACCUGAAAGCAACACCUUCAACACACUAUUGACCUGAAAGCAACUCCUUCAACACACUAUUGACCUGAAAGCAACUCCUUCAACACACUAUUGACCUGAAAGCAACUCCUUCAACACACUAUUGACCUGAAAGCAACUCCUUCAACACACUCUUGACCUGAAAGCAACUCCUUCAACACACUAUUGACCUGAAAGCAACUCCUUCAACACACUAUUGACGUGAAAGCAACUCCUUCAACACACUCUUGUUCUGAAUACAACUCCUUUACAACUUUGAUGCUAGACCAUGUCAGUAGCUUUGACUGUCGCUGUCGCUGUAGUCUCGGCAGUAGCAAACACCUACGGCCUGUAUCCUGGUGGCAGGAACCACAGCGGCGUGGAGAUGGGUUUGGAGAACGUGAGCACCAGCACAGUCCCAGGGAAGGAGUUGGAGAACAUUACUUACUUUAACAAGUGGGAGAUCUCUACGUCACUGGAGGGUAUUUUGGUACCUAUUGUCUUUGUCAUCACUUUCAUUGUCGGACUGGUCGGUAAUGGGACACUCAUAGUCUCCGUCAUUGCUAACAAGGUGAUGUGCAAUAUCCCCAAUAUCUUCAUUGUCAGUUUGUCGAUUGGCGACUUUCUUCUGAUACUGGUCUCUGUACCGGUCACUUCAUUCUAUUACACAUUCAAAAACUGGCCCUUUGGUGAAGCCAUGUGUAAAAUCAAUGAGGUCACUCAAACCAUUUCUCUAGGCGUUUCCGUCUUCACGCUGACCGCCCUGAGCGCCGACCGUUACGUUGCGAUUGUCAACCCCAUGGCCAAGCUGACCGGGCGCACCUUGCGGACCACCAUCGUCACUGUAGUGGUCAUCUGGCUGUUGUCCACACUGCUAGCCCUUCCCGACGCUAUCUUUGGUAAGGAAACUCGUUACGAAAUCAACGGGACGGUGAUUCUGAUCUGCCACCAAUUCGAGCCGCUGGACCAUGAUCACGGCAAGAUUUUUUUUAUGCUCCGGUUUGUCAUCUUUUUCCUCCUGCCCAUUAUCACCAUCGGAUUCUUCUACAUCAACAUGGCGAGGAUCCUCAUCCGAAGUAGCAGCAACGUCCCGGUGGACUCCAAGACUGGCGCCGUCAAUCACAACCGUCAGAUGAUCGCCAGGCGUAAGGUGGCUCACGUGGUACUCAGUUUUGUCAUUAUUUUCAUCAUCUGUUGGCUGCCGAGACACAUUUACCUCAUUCUCUGGAACUAUAUGAACCACGAGUACGAUGAAUUCUGGCACGUGCUGAAAAUCCUGACCUUCUGUCUGACCUUCAUCAACUCUUGCGUGAAUCCUUUCGCGCUCUACUUUCUGAGCGGACAGUUCCGGAAGUAUUAUAACCGUUACCUGUUCUGCUGCUGCCAGCGAGUGCGAUACGAUAGCCUUGAGCCCACGUCGACCAUGCACAAUCUGCACAGCACGAGUCGUAGGCAGAGUCUGACCAACACGUCUAUCGUCCACUCUCAGUCAAUGUGUUGACUAGCCGGCUGGCUUUUGAAACGAACAAGUCCGGGAAAGCAACGAGCUCAGUGCGGGAGUGUGGCCUCUAGUCAUUUCCAAAGUCCAAGAUAUCAAACGGGAAACUUCUUACAGGAAACUGUCAUGUGACUGUCAUGUGACGAGGUAAUCAAAACUUGUACUGUUGGACUGAACAAUCAGGAUCGUGAAUGGUUUUAAAACUUGUAUUCACUGAAACCAUGUGGCGCAGGUUUAUACACUUCUUGAAUCAAAGCGAAUUUGUUAUAACUACUGACGCCCAGAGAGCUCGCCAAUAGAACUAGAAUCGAUCAUUGGAAUGAUAAGAGGAAGUCAUUAACUGGCCACGACACUUAGAGAGAGAGAGAGAGAGAGAGAGAGAGAAAGAGAGAGAGAAGAUAGAUCUGCUAGAGUGAGUCUGAUAUCGGGAGAUUGUCAAAAUGAGUAUAUUGGCAUCGGAAGAAGAGGACAUAAAUUAGGGCUCCUCUGCCAUGAUGAGAGUCUCCACGUGACUUUUGAUGGAUUAAGUCAUUACUGUAGACAGAAUGUUUGGCUUUAUGUAUUUCCUUUCGAUUGUUUGUUAAAAAAAGUCUAAGAAGAAGAACAAAAGAUCUACCAAAUGUAUCGCCUAUUUAUGGACGUUCUCAAUAUGUUCACUUUUAAAGAUUUAAUGCUACUAUAUCAUGGCUUGUGUCAUCAGGUGUCUUGUCAUAUGUGACAUUCAAGACACACAACCCUAAAGAGACAUUGUCAAUACCGCAUCUAUACUGUUUACAUUUAAAAUAACUUAUCAUGAUAAACUUGUCAUGCUAUUGUUACUUCUAUAGCUUUACUGAACAAUGCUCAACUUGAAGAUCGCUUGUCAGUUAAACGUUUCAACUGAAUGAUACUGCUUAGCAACCAGAUGAUAACCAACACAUACGAACGAAUUCGUGCUACACUCCUCAUAUGGGUCGGUUCAUAUUGAACACGAUAAUGGCACACACUUUUACAUCAGAUUAGCGCCCUUACAUUGGCUUAAUCUAUUUAUAUCAUCUAAUCUGAGAUUUUUUUCUGACUCUUCUGGCUAGCCCGGCCUUCUAGUAGCUCAUCACAUUAACAUUGGAUUCUCUCUUCUGGCUAGCCCGGCCUUCUAGCAGCUCAUCACAUUAACAUUGGAUUCUCUCUUCUGGCUAGCCCGGCCUUCUAGCAGCUCAUCACAUUAACAUUGGAUUCUCUCUUCUGGCUAGCCCGGCCUUCUAGCAGCUCAUCACAUUAACAUUGGAUUCUCUCUUCUGGCUAGCCCGGCCUUCUAGCAGCUCAUCACAUUAACAUUGGAUUCUCUCUUCUGGCUAGCCCGGCCUUCUAGCAGCUCAUCACAUUAACAUUGGAUUCUCUCUUCUGGCUAGCCCGGCCUUCUAGCAGCUCAUCACAUUAACAUUGGAUUCUCUCUUCUGGCACCAAUUUCAGCAAGAUGUGGAUAGAAGAUUUUAGGAAGUGUUACAGCGUUGAUACUUGUUAGCACUAGGAGGAGGCAUUAGUCAUUCUGUAGAAUGCCUAAUAAAAGUUAAAAAAAUUAUAAUUGAUUGUAUUGACUUAGAAGAAUGAAAGACAGAUGACCUAGGCCUAUAUAUCUCUAUGAGCAGUGGAACAGUUCGAUACUUCUUGUCAUACGAAAGUGUAACAUACAGAACUCAAACAUCCGAGUGUGGAAUUGAGUUGAGUUCCACACAUGUAGCUCAAAAUGAAGUAGCAAUAUGAAUCCCACCCCCCACGCCCCAUGUAAUGAGAGGCCGAGACCUGGCCCUACAUCCAAGACGACUGCUGAGGACGGGCCCAACAGGAAGACUCGAUGAAACUUGGAUUUGAGUGUUUUUAUUAUUUUUUUGUAUGAUCCUUUGUAUUUUGUCGACCUGGGACACUUGACUGUCAGCGAGUUUUGUCAGCAAGUAAAAAGUGUGAUAAAUGGAUGUUUUAGAGUGUCAACAUUAUAUGUUUGAUAACUUCUUCAUUAUGUUGUCUGGACUUGUUCAUUGGAACGUUUUUAUACCGGAGAUUAUUCUGUACAGAAAUAUUCCUUUUUAUAUUCUAAAUGCCAGAGUUUUUUUUUCUGAAUAAAUAAAUAAAUAAAUAAAUAUAUAUUGUGCUAUGAUUUCUACUUUAACUAAGUAUCUUGCAAUUUAUAAUCAAUGCAUUUCUUCAUAUAUCCGUGAACGGUUGUUAUAAGAUGAUAUUGACUAAAGAGAGAAACAACUAAACUGAACCAAAGAUAAACCAAAAAUCAGCGUAUCUCAAACUGUAGGGCAUGUCAUCCUCGAGUUAGAAUGUAUAUUUUAUUUGCGAGAGACGUUUGCAACAAGAUCGACUCAGAAUCAGUUUUUUGUCGAAGGAUACAUCUUUGCUGAAGCGAGUGUACUGGACGUUCUCAUGUCCGAACGGACGAAUUUCUCCCGGCAGUCUGACAUCGUUUCGUUGACUUUGGACUAAACAAUGCUACACGUUUAACCAAGCCUAUAGAUAUUAUACCUAGACUAUAAAAAAAUGACGAAUUCGUAUCCGUUCGUUAUGUAGGAAACUCUUUUUCAGGCUGGCUGACUCAGGCAACCCAUUCCAUGUUCUAAACAUUAGAAUGAUUAUUAGUAUUUUGUUACAUAUGUUAGGUUAAAAACAAAUAGUCACUUUUUAUAACUACUUUAUUAAACAACAUCUGGUUUCAGGUUUUUGAAGUUGUUCACAUUUGUGUGUACCGGCACGUCCAGUCUGGGGGUUCUAUAUCUAUUGAGAGCUCCAAGAUCCCUCAACUCAAGAAAACAUUAACAGACACAAAAUAGAGCAGUGAGAUUCAUAACAAACGAAUAUUCACAUUUGACUAGAGUAACACCUUUAGUAAAAUCACUAAAUUUAGAAAGCCUUCAGGAUAGAAGACUUAAAAGUAAAGUAGCAAUUAUACAUAAAACACUGAACCAUAAUCUUCAAAUACAAAAUUUAAUAAAAUAUUCAGAAAGACACAAAUAUAAAGGCACAUUCCUCGUCCCAUAUGCUAAUACAAAUUUGUACAAAUACUCCUUCUUCCCUAGUGCUAUUAGAGCAUGGAAUGGGUUGCCUGAGCUAGCCAGGAAAACCAGUGACUUGGCAGAAUUUAGGUCAUUGGUUAAUAUGCAUGACCAAAUGCAUGACGCGUGGGACGUAAUCAUCUUCUUUUUUGAAGUAACGUCUGUAUUAUAUAAGAAGAUAAGAUUACAAGAGACGGUGCGCAAAAUGUUUCUUAGCAUCUAUUUUUAAACCUAGACUGGACAAUUGAAAUGAAUUCUUAUCCGACUAUCAUCAGCUAUAUAUAUAUUGUUAUGUUUGUAACUCUUUUCCAGGCUGUAAGGGAAGUCGCCCCGAAUCUAUGAAAAUCUUUUCUGUCUUAGAAAAGUAAUGAUCUUCAGUUUUUUAAGUUUAGACAUAAUGCAAAAUGCGGAUUUUAAAUAGAAUGGGCUAUCAAUCACAGAACUAUAUAUUCAAGCAAAUCUAUAAAAUAACUCCAUUUCUUGUUAGUUUCCAUUGAGAUAAUGUUUCGAAAAUCCUAGAUCGAAGUAAUUUAGGUCUUAUGAUUUUAAUCAUCUUGCGUAGCCUACAUUUAAAUAGAUUGAUUACCUAGAUCUUACUAGAUUAUGCAUCUAAAAAUUGCAAAAUAAUAAUAGUGCUCAUAUUUCAAUGUUCAAUUACUAGAUCUAGAUCUAUACAUUAAAUUAUAUGUUACAUAGGUUAGGGUUAAAAAAAAACCAACCACGCUACUUCCUAUAACUACUCUACAAAACAAAGUCUUCUUUCAGCUUUGUUUCAGAACGCAGGUAAGCGAUUCAUUCCGCUUUUUUUUUCUUUAUUUUUAUAUGACCUGCACUCUUCUUACUUGGAGAAAAAGUUUGUUAGGGUUAGGGUUAGGAGAAUCCAUUUCUGAAGCUUUGAAUGCAGGAAGUCUCUUGGUUUCAAAAGCUCAUCCCCACACCUGACUUGGGGAGCAUAAGUUUGACAAUGGCCGCCCCCCCCCCCUUUACCUUGAAUGUGCAAGACAUUCAGAGCACCAUGUUACAAACACUUUGUCUCUAGAGUUAUUUAAGAGUAAGUCCAAGACUGCUUUAUAAGUUAUUCCAAAGUUGACAUCACCUCACGCCGUCUGUCAGGUACACAGUUUUGAACACGUUAUUUCACUCACUUCCAAUUUUCGGAGCAAUUUGAAACUUUGCACAAUUAUUCAUUCUCCCUUACAAACUAUGAAUUCAUAAAGUAAAAAAUCAAAUUAAUUAAUUAAUUAGUGUUUAUUAAUUAAUUUUGUUUGAUACUGGAAAAUUAUAUAAAUAUGAAAGUAUUCAGAAAUAUGGCUAAAAGUGUUCUUUCUUUGUUUUAAAAAUAGUGUUCUGUAUAAUUUGCUUGUUAUUUGGAAUUGACUUGUGAUAUGUACUUUUAUGUACCUGAUAUUUGUAAAAAUUGUUUUUGUUUAUUUUUUUAUUAUUUUUGUUUCAAACAUAUGAUUCAUUUGUUAUAAAAAUGGAAAGCUUUCUUUAAAAUAUAUUUUUGUAUGAUAGAAGUAUAGUCAUAUAUAAUUGCAUAGGUAUGUCUGUAUUACUUUUGAUCAGUUCAUCACUUUCACUUCACAUUGAGGCUAUGUCCAUUUGAUGUAGGCCUACUAUAAACUUCCACUAUCACAUUGGAUUAGUGGAAAUACCCAAAUUGUGUUUCAAAAAGACCACAACACAUGUUGAGAAAUACUAUCUGAUCAAAAAGAAAAGAAUCUAAAUUAUAAUUAAUUCUUCACAUUAUCAAUAUCUAAAAUAAUAUUCGAGCCAUUCUCUAUUUUUUUUGUUAGUUUGUUUAUAGAGCUUGAUUUAAAUAAGAUGACUUCCUUGGAUGAAGUAGUGUAACCAUCUAUAAAUAGAAUUGGAGUGUCUACUAAAAAUAGCACAGAGCUUUUGCAACUCCUCUCCCCCCGUAUUUGUUGUCUGCACAAUUUCUUGACCUCUCUCUUCUUGUCAUUGAGCGGUUACCACGUGACAUUUGCACGCAGUCAAAUAGUUUAGGCAUCGAUUCUUUAUUUAUAUACUCAAAAAUGUUUUCAAAUGUUUGCAAAAGUUUUUAAUAGUUCCCAUUUCAACAUGUUGAUAUUUUUGUGUUUACAAUGCUGUGAUCAUUUUGUGGAUAUUUUAAAACAAACAUUCUGACCAACACAAAGAGGAGGCCAUAAGAUCUAAACAAAGUUGAAACAAAAGAUUGUUUAAAAUCGUCUUGGUGUUGACUGAAACCACACACCCACCUGCACAAAACCUGCUAGACAAUCCUCUUAUUGUACAUGUCUUUGUUUUGUCUUGUAUCCUCGCUCUACUGCAUUAUGUCUACAGCCAUGCUCCAUGUUUUGAAUGCUAUUGUUGCGAGAUGUGAGACUCAAAUAUUUUGUAUGCUCAGGCCUGAUAAACAACAACUGGUUAUAAAGAUUCUAUAUCAUUCACUUGUCUAAAUAAAAUUCAUGAACAAAUUGCGACUGAAACAAA